UAUCGGCCAUGCGUCUCGCGUGGUGGCGGAUUCGUAUGACGGCGGAAAGACGUCUGCCAUGGUGAAUCCGGUGAGAGGCAGAGUUUCAGCUGUGGCAUCUCAGCUAGUACUAUGGUGAGUACGAGUGUUACCGCUUUAUUCUGGGCUGUAUAUAUCGAUUAUUGACCGCAGGGUCGUAGGUAUAAUCAUUAAUAAUACUGGUGUUGUUCACAAGCUAUAGUUAUAGAUGUUGGUUAUCUCGUAUUUGACCCUCUACAUGGUUAACUAGGUAGUGACAUCACUCACACUGGGAGAACUAUCGGAUAACCGCCGCGUGAAUGGGCAAGGGAGGUGUCUAUGAGAGUGCGUUAAGAGUGAUAUUAAGCCACUUUUAUAUUGACUGAAUUAGUUAUCAUAGUGCGCAUCCGGGUUGUUACCGGGUAACUUAAUAUACAAACCGCCAUCACCAUCCUUGGGCUACAUGCAAUUGAUCAUCCAAUGCAUGUGUGAAUGCGAGAGGAGAGACGCUCUGCAGGGAGCAUGGGUGUAUAUACAUAUUUAUAUACGGCCAUGAUGCCCAAGAAAAUACCCGAGAACCCUUCACGUUCAGCAUACCUGUCGAUAUCAAGUCAUACCCGCUAUCAGCCAUGCAUAUCAACGGGGCUUCAGGCAGUGAACAAGCAAGCUCAGGCGGUCAUAAUAACAAUCAGAGUGAACGUUCCAAGUGCCGGCAUAUCUUUCUCUUCAGCGUCUCAAGGACUCUGUCAAAUGUGUUUUGUCGUUUGCUCUCGGCUCAGCCGGGCUGGGUUCAAUCAGACUACCAUCUCCAAGAGGGCUUCUUCCACGCUCGAGAUAAAUUCGACUGGGCCCCUUUGGACGAGAUAAGCGAUGAACUGCGCCAGAAGUACAUAGAGUUAACCCACAAGGGGGUGGGGAUACUUCAGAAGGCGAGAGAGGAUGCUAUUAAGGAGGUACAUAUGUUGAUCUACUUGAAGUCAAAAGUCGACGGACGGACGAGCUAUGAUACUAAUGAUCAGCAACAGGAUAAACACCUCCUUGUGAAGAAUCAUUCUUUUUUCGCGGUUGAGCCAUCUGCCUUGUUGGAUGAAGCACAGCGAGGCAAAGAAGUCCCCCCUCUGACGAUCGUUCCUAGACCUGUAGCAUCCGAAGCAGAGAGCGGCAUAUCAGCUACUCCAGCACGAACGAAGACGAACCUGACCUUCUUCCCUGACGAGUACCUUUUACUAUGGCAACCGGUGUUUAUGAUUCGCCAUCCCGCGCUUAUUGUUGAAUCAUGGUACAGGGCCGAAACAAGAGUGGUUCCCAUCAACGUCAAAGACAAAGUCUGGUCGUAUUUGACGUUCUGGUAUUCUCGCAGCCUAUACGACUGGUACGUGACUAGGGCUACUGAAUCUGACGGCACCAAGACAGCGGCGGAAGUUAAGAGUGCGUCCUCUCCCUGGCCUAUUGUCGUCGAUGCGGAUGAUGUUCUCAGUGGAGAGUGCCUGGCGAAGCUCUGCAGUGCCUGUGGUAUGAGUGCGGAACAUAUCAAGUUUGAAUGGGAGGAACUGCCCCUUGAAGCACAGGACGUUUCGAAAAGACAUAUGAGUUACAUGUGUGACUUGUGGACGUCGACGGGCCUCAACCAGUCCAAGUCUUCAAAGGGAUUGGAUAUGGAGGUUCGAUAUGGGAAGUGGAAAGAGGAGUUUGGGGGUAGUGUUGCAGAGGGCUUGUAUGAGCAUGUCCAGAAGCUGAUGCCGGAUUAUGAGUAUUUGAAGAGAAGAAAAAUAUAG